GACUGUUACAAAACUUGAAUGUUAAAGUGUUAUGGCAGAUCCUUUGAUGCUACUUUCUCUUCAACCUCCUCCUCUGCCUUUUCUGAUAUUUUCUUCUUCUUAUUCUUCUCUUCACCGUCGAUGGGGUUUGUCUCGGAGUGGGAUUAGAUUCUCUGUUUCUGAGUUUCGUUUGUCUUCUCAACUACAAUUGGCUAAUUCUACUUCACCUUCGCAGUCUUCUUCUACUGCUCCGGAGAAGUUUGAUCUCGUGUCUACAACUCAGCUCAAGGAUGGAAGCCAGGUCUUUCGAUUCGGAGAUGCAAGUGAGGUUGAGAGGUAUCGUGAAACUGAAGAAAAAGCGAGAUGCUUAGAGCUAGAGAGGAAGCAACAUGCUGAGAUAGAAGAGGAAGAAGCCAGUGAAGGAGUGAGAGAUGGAGGACAUGCAUUGGCCGAUCUAGAUCCUGUUUCUGAACUGGAGUCUCUCAAGGAAAAAUCUGUUGUGAAGAUAAAACCGGUGAAGUCUAGUACUGAAACAGUAUCUGAGAAAGAGUAUGGAGCUCCUCCUCCUGCCCGUCUCAGCAGUGUGAUCAAAAUUAAGGAUCGUAAAAGGGUUCGUUCUCCUGCUAAGAAAAAGAAAGAAACGCCAAUUCCAGUUACUGUUUCGGGGAGUGAAGAUGAAGCUGAAGCUAAAAUUGCUAGUGUUUCUAAUCUGAACUCUAUAGUUAGUGUAGCAGAAGUUAUUCCUACUAGCGCUACUGAAGAAAAGACCAAUGAGAAUGUAGAGCCACUUUCUUCUCAAGUCAUGGAGAAAGUCUCAGUGAAUGAAAUAAGAGGAGACUGUGAGACAAAUGGUUAUCAACAACUCACUGAGAGUCGUGUGGAGGAGCAAGCAACACCAAUAUCAUCUAGUUCACAACAUGGCUCGCAGUUGAAUGAUCUCAAGGAAGUUGCUCAUGUUUCUACCACUGAACUUGAUGACAGUUUGGAAGAGAGGAAAAAAACUGAUGAAGCUGAGGAAAAUCUUGUCGUUGAACCAACAGCUACAGUUGAUGUGUCUCCUGAUGAACUAGUUGUUGUGUCUCCUGAGGAAAAUCUUGUCGUUGAACCAACAGCUACAGUUUCUGUGUCUCCUGAUGAACUAGUUGUUGUGUCUCCUGAUGAAAAUCUUGUCGUUGAACCAAUAGCUACAGUUUAUGUGUCCCCUGGUGAACUAAUUUCAACUUCCGAAGCAACAAAUCACAGCAUUGAGGAGACUGCUGAAACGCCUGUGGUUGAUACGUCUGAAAUGGCAAAUGACGGAGAAAAUGGGACUUCAACCAUAGAAGAUGAAGUAGCUGUGAUUGACAGUAAAAAUGAUAAUGGUAGCAUAUCUAAAACUGUCAAUGACACAAAUGACGAAAAUCUCCAACUUCCUGAACCUGAAACAGCUAGUCUUCAACCCAUUGAAGUGGUUUCAGUCAGGGAAGAGCUUGUGUCCAAAGCAUUUUACUUGGAAUCUGGUUCUGCUUCACUCCAAAACCCCUUUAAGGCAUUGGCAGGUAGGGAAGAUGCUUAUUUUAUCUCUGAGAACAACAACUGGCUAGGUGUUGCAGACGGAGUCUCUCAGUGGUCUUUUGAAGAAAUCAAUGAGGGGAUGCAUGCUCAAGAACUCAUGAGCAACUGUGAAAAGAUUAUCUCUGAUGAAACUGCAGAGAUAUGUGAUCCAGUUCAAGUUCUUCAUAGAAGUGUCAAUGAGACUAAGUCAUCUGGAUCAUCCACAGCCUUGGUUGCUCAUCUUAGCAAUAAUGAACUCCACAUUGCCAAUAUUGGAGACUCAGGAUUCAUUCUCAUCAGGAACAGAACAAUAUUGCAGAAGUCAGCUCCUAUGUUUCAUCAUUUUUGUUUUCCCUUGCACGUUACACGAGGCGAUGAUGUCCUAAAACUUGCAGAGGUUUACAAUGUGAAUGUGGAAGAGGGUGAUGUUAUCCUUACAGCAACUGAUGGCCUCUUUGACAACUUGUAUGAGAAAGAGAUCGUUUCAAUUGUUUGCAGGUUACUGGAACAGGGUUUGGAACCUCAGAGAAUAGCAGAGUUGAUAGCUGCAAAGGCACAAGAGGUGGGAAGAUCUAAGACGGAGAGAACGCCAUUUUCAGACGCAGCUAAAGAAGAAGGACAUGAUGGAUACAGAGGUGGUAAACUAGAUGCUGUUACUGUCAUCGUUUCACUUGUAAAAACUGUAUCUAGCUAAGUAGUAAGUAUGCAAUCUUCCUCCCCCACUGUAAA